AUGCUCAUCUUGUGUACAGCUCUACUUUUGGUGUUCAACUGCGCUUUAGCACAGCAGAGUUGUGAUGUUUGCACCAAAGUCCUCACAGAUGCAAUGGAAAAAGUACCCAAUGACAAGAAGUCGAAGCCUGAUGAGAUUGGAAAAGUUAUUCGACAACAUUGCGAAGGUACCAAGAACAACAAGGACCAUAAAUUCUGCUUUUACAUUGGCGCUCUUCCCGAAUCUGCUACAUCGAUGAUGGUGGAUGUGACCAAGCCUUUGUCCUGGUCUAUGCCUGCGGAAAAGGUCUGCGACAAGUUGCGCACAAAAGACGCCCAAAUCUGCGAACUGAAAUACGGUGAGUUCUGUUCUGUGCAUUUGCAGGAAAAAUCGAUAUCACGAGUUGUUUAA